AAUCGAAUACAUCGGAAUGCACGGUUUCUGAUAGGUUGAAAUCGUUUAUUCUUUAUUCCUAAUUCCUUCUAUUGUGCGCAGGGUCAUACAACCGUAUUGUCUUUUGCUUUUUAAUAUUAUUGCUCCAAAUUUUUGAUAAAUAGUUUGAAUUUAAUACAGAUGUUAGGAUGAUAGAAAUUUGAAUGAACAAUUAGAAACAACCUCGAAACAACGACCGAUACUUGACACAUCUCUGGUAUCGUUUGAGAUUUGUAUUUGUGAUAUACUUAAAGAAAAUAUAAAAAAUGACAUCUAUUAUAAAACUUCACGCUAUCUCUGGAGCGAUGAAUGAAUCUCCACCUUGCUACAUAUUGCAAGUGGAUGAAUUGAGGAUAUUAUUAGAUUGUGGAUGGGAUGAAAAUUUCGAUCAAGAUUUCAUAAAAGAAUUGAAGAGACAUGUACAUCAAAUAGAUGCGGUAUUACUUUCAUAUCCAGACCCAUUGCAUUUAGGUGCAUUACCGUAUCUAGUAGGUAAAUGUGGCUUGAAUUGUCCCAUAUAUGCUACCAUACCUGUCUAUAAAAUGGGUCAAAUGUUUAUGUACGACAUAUAUCAGUCUCGUCAUAAUAUGGAAGAUUUUGAUUUAUUUACUUUAGACGAUGUUGAUGCUGCAUUUGAUAAAAUUGUACAGCUAAAAUACAAUCAAAGUAUAUCAAUGAAAGGUAAAGGCUAUGGUGUUACAUUGACGCCCUUACCAGCAGGACACAUGAUUGGUGGGACAAUUUGGAAGAUCGUGAAAGUUGGGGAAGAGGAUAUAAUAUAUGCUGUAGAUUUUAAUCAUAAAAAGGAACGUCACUUGAACGGCUGUGAAUUGGAAAGAUUGCAAAGGCCGUCAUUAUUGAUAACAGAUGCAUUCAAUGCUACAUAUCAGCAAGCCAGACGAAGAACAAGGGAUGAGAAAUUGAUGACUAAUAUCCUGCAAACAUUACGAGGUGGUGGAAAUGUACUAGUUAGUGUAGAUACGGCUGGUCGUGUAUUAGAGUUGGCACAUAUGUUGGAUCAGCUGUGGCGUAAUAAGGAAUCGGGAUUACUUGCCUAUUCAUUAGCUCUUCUCAAUAACGUGAGCUACAAUGUUGUAGAAUUCGCAAAAUCGCAAAUUGAAUGGAUGAGUGAUAAAUUAAUGAGAAGUUUUGAAGGUGCACGUAACAAUCCAUUUCAAUUUAAACAUUUGCAACUUUGUCAUAGUAUGGCUGAAUUGAAUCAAGUCCCAAGUCCAAAGGUGGUUCUUGCAAGCACUCCUGAUAUGGAAUGUGGAUUUUCCCGAGAAUUAUUUCUUCAAUGGUGUUCUAAUCCACAAAACAGUAUUAUAUUAACGAGCAGAACAUCUCCUGGUACACUUGCUAGAGACUUAGUAGAAAAAGGAGGCAAUCGAAAUAUUACACUAGAAGUAAAGAGACGAGUGAAACUCGAAGGUAUUGAAUUGGAAGAAUAUCAAAAAAGAGAAAAGCUGAAGCAGGAGCAGUUGAAACAAGAACAAAUGGAAACUGCAGAUGUGAGUUCCGAGUCUGAAGAUGAAAUAGAAGUUGGUGGUAGCAGGGGAAAACAUGAUUUACUAGUGAAGCAAGAAAGUAAACCUGGCUUUUUUAAACAAAGUAAAAAGCAACAUCCCAUGUUUCCAUUUGUAGAAGAAAAGAUUAAAAUAGACGAAUAUGGAGAAAUUAUAAAACCGGAAGAUUAUAAAAUAGCAGAGACUGUACCCGAAGUAGAAGAUAAUAAGGAAAAUGUAGAAAUGAAGCAGGAUGAAUCCAAUUAUCAUCCAGAAGUGGCCGUAGAUAUUCCGACAAAAUGUGUACAAGUUUCACGUACGAUGACCGUUAAUGCAGCAGUAACAUAUAUAGAUUUCGAAGGUAGAUCCGACGGUGAAUCUCUACAGAAAAUUUUAGCGCAGCUAAGACCGAGAAGAGUUGUCUUAGUUAGAGGUUUGCCUAAAGACACAGAGAUACUAGCGCAGCAAGCGCAAAGUACUGGUGCAAGAGUAUUUAUUCCAGGAAGAGGAGAGACGUUAGAUGCCACGACAGAAACACAUAUUUAUCAAGUACGUUUGACUGAUGCUCUAGUGAGCGGAUUGAAUUUCUCGAAGGGUAAGGGCGACUCUGAAGUGGCAUGGAUAGACGCUAUGAUAACAGCACGUGAUCAGGUUUGUCGAGAUGCCAUUGCCGAUACUGAAUCUGAGAAUGCGAUUGACGAAAGUGACAAAAUACUGACUUUGGAACCUUUGCCAUUAAAUGAGGUUCCCGGUCAUCAAACAACGUUCAUAAAUGAAUUGAAACUAUCCGAUUUUAAACAGGUUUUGAAUAAAAGUAACAUUCCAUCAGAAUUUAGUGGAGGAGUACUAUGGUGUUGUAAUAAUACUAUCGCCGUCAGAAGGCACGAGGCUGGAAAGGUAAUAUUGGAAGGUUGCAUUUCCGAGGAUUAUUAUAAAGUGCGAGAGCUAUUGUAUGAACAGUAUGCAAUUGUAUAGAUUAUGCAUAGUAUACACAUACAUGU